UUCAUCUCCAAACAUCACUCACUCCCAUUUGAACUUACAGGAAGCUCAACACACAGCUUCCAUAUAAUUUUACAACAAUGGCGUUUGCUUCCACUUCAAGUUCAAAUACAAUUUGUACAAACCUUAUACCCACUCACUCAUUAUCAUCUUCAACAAAAAAAGGGUUCAAUUCAAACCCCUUUUCUUCAUCUUCAUCUUCAACUUCGAAUUCAUUCUCAUUUUUUUCGCGUAAAUAUAAAACUACAAAACCAACAAAAUGUGCUCUGCAGUCACCUCCAAGUAUGAAUUUCACCAAACCAUCGGCCAACUCAUGGAACCUGUUGCAAAAAGCAUCAGCCAUGGCAUUGGACGCGAUCGAAAACACGUUACUUGAACGCGAAAAGAAACACCCGUUACCGAAAACGGUCGACCCGAAUGUCCAAAUCGCCGGAAACUUUUUUCCGGUACCUGAGACGCCGGUGCACCACUGUCUCCCGGUGGAGGGAACAAUCCCGGACGAUAUCGACGGAGUGUACUUGCGAAAUGGGGCUAACCCGAUGUUCGAGCCGCCAUCCGAUCACCAUUUGUUUGAUGGUGACGGAAUGAUUUACGCGGUAAAGUUCGAUAACGGCUCAGCGAGUUACGCUUGCCGGUUUACAGAGACUCAGAGGCUCGUUCAAGAACGUGCGUAUGGUAAACCGGUUUUUCCGAAAACUAUUGGUGAACUUCAUGGGCAUUCUGGUAUUGCUAAAUUGUUGCUGUUUUACGCACGCGGAUUGUGUGGUUUGGUAGAUCAUAGCCAAGGCAUUGGCGUGGCGAACGCGGGUUUGGUUUAUUUUAACAACCGGCUUUUAGCUAUGUCCGAAGAUGAUUUACCGUACGAAGUACGGGUCACCGAAACCGGUGAUUUGAAAACCGUUGGUCGGUUUGACUUCAACGGGCAGUUGAAGUCUACCAUGAUUGCUCACCCGAAAGUGGACCCAGUUUCGGGUGAGCUUUUUGCGCUAAGUUAUGAUGUAAUAAAGAAACCGUAUUUAAAAUACUUUCGAUUCAGCCCUGAUGGACACAAAUCUGAUGACGUGGCUAUUAAUUUGGGGGGACCAACUAUGGUUCAUGAUUUCGCGAUCACGGAGAAUUUUGUUGUGGUGCCGGACCACCAGGUGGUUUUCAAGAUGUCGGAGAUGAUCACCGGUGGGUCUCCGGUAGUGUAUGAUAAGGAGAAAGUUUCACGGUUUGGUGUUUUGGAUAAGUACGCCGGUGAUGAUUCCGGGAUCAAGUGGUUUGAAGUUCCCGAUUGUUUUUGUUUUCAUCUUUGGAACGCUUGGGAAGAACCCGAAACCGAAGAAGUGGUCGUGAUCGGGUCGUGCAUGACUCCGGCGGACUCCAUUUUUAACGAGAGUCAUGAACAAUUGAAGAGUGUUUUGUCUGAAAUUAGACUUAAUUUAAAAACUGGAGAAUCCACUCGCCAGGCGAUCAUUUCGCCGGAAAACGACGUCAAUUUGGAAGCAGGGAUGGUGAAUAAGAACCUUCUUGGCCGGAAGUCGAAAUACGCAUACCUUGCGAUAGCUGAUCCGUGGCCGAAGGUUUCCGGUUUCGCUAAAGUGGACCUCUCUACAGGAGAAAUAACAAAAUUCAUAUACGGCGACGAAAAAUACGGUGGAGAGCCUUUGUUUCUUCCCAGAGAGACAAACUCGAAAUCUGAAGACGACGGCCACAUUUUGUCGUUCGUCCACGAUGAAAAAACGUCGAAAUCGGAGCUUCAUAUCGUCAAUGCAAUCACAUUGCAGUUGGAAGCGACCGUGAAGCUGCCAUCGAGGGUUCCCUAUGGUUUCCAUGGCACAUUUGUGAGCGUCAAAAGUUUGGCUACCCAGGCCUAAAAGACCUAUUAGAUAGAACAUAUUAGUUAGGGCUGUAUAACAAUAAACCCUAACUAAUAUAUUCAGUUUAUAUGA